CGACGCCAUUGUGGUCGAUUCUGAGCUAUGUCAACAAGAGUCUCCAACCAUUGGUUACGAUAGUCACGCGGACCCCAACCAAGUGGUCUGCAUCUACCAACAUGGUUCAGACUAGAAGUUAGUGACUUUGUUGACUGAUGCCACGUUUUGGUUUGGCCGCCCCUAACUUUCUUCCAACCAUCCCGAACACCGAUUAGCAUUGCACGUCGUGGUAAUCGGUGUUAGGGUAUACAUCACACGUGCGCAACCAUCUCAGUCGAUGAAGAUUCAUAACCUCAUCAACUGACUUACCAUCAUUCCCUAAUACCCUGCGUCGAACCUCACUAUUACUUACCCGGUGAUCCCAGCAGACGCCACACAAAUAGUGUCUCAAAAUCUGUUGUUCAGAUGAGUUAUUGCAAACAAUCCGUAACUAAGAGUUUUAUUCAAUUAUUCAACUUGAGUGUAUUGAAAUCCAAGGAAUAGGCAACGCGGAUCUAUUCAUAGAUUAUAAUUAUAAGUUAGUGAUAAAUGACCUUAACCCCGUGAUAUAUAUAUACAUGUAUUCUAUCCACGCAUAAAUAUUAACACUGCACAGUUAUACAUAAAAGUCUUGGGGAAUAUACUUUUUUUUCUUUAUAUACAACAAUGUUAAAGAUUAGUCAGCUAGUAUAGCUUUUUCACACUUAGUUUAAUAUAUCAUCACCAAUAAAUUAAGAAAUGUAGGAAAUCUACUUUAUAAAAUUUAUCAAUCGUUCUCAAUCAUAAACUUUACUUAUCAGCAUAGUGUUAUGGAGUUUGUUGUGUUUAAACUGAUAUCAUGAAUGUUAGACCACCAUUGAAAACCUAGAACCACUGGAUGACCGUUUCGUCUUAGUAUGGGACUCCUGAGCAAUCCUCAUUCACUAUCCCGCACUCGGAACUCGAACUCAAGACCGGUUUCACUCACGAGCGCUUAACCUUUAAACCACUGAGCCGACAUUUGAAAGUGCUAAUGUCUAGCUUCAACCAAUCUAUGACAUUGCACAACCGUCCACCCUUGUCUUCAGUGAAUAACUGCCUAACUAGGACUAAACGAUUUUCCAGUGCUUCUGAGUUUCAUUAGUAGUCUAAGAUUGAUCCAUUCAUGAUAUCAAUUUAAACACUUUACCAUUUAUCACUCUCGAGAUGGAAUUCCUAUGAGUUAAGAAAUAUUAAUUUUAUAAAUCAGUCGUUUUAAUUGAACAUGGAUGUUUUGUUUUCUUUUUUGUAAUGAUCAUGUGAUAUAACUAGUUGAAGUAGUUGGUUAGUGAAUGACGAUGUACCAACUGUGAGAGAAAAAGAGCGAGAUCUCAGCGUUUUUGUCAGCAUCUUUUAACCAGUUGAGAAUACUUGAUACUAUAUGGAGUUUUAAAACCAGAAAUUAACCGUAUUUGUAAAGCUAAGAUUUUAAAGAAAGCAUUAAAUACGUUUAGUUACCAUGGUAUAACACUAAUACGAUCAAAUGGUUUCUGUGUAAUUUAUGAUAAUAAUUAUUCACUUCACUGACAGUAAGUAUACUGAAUUCAUGGUUUAAGGCAUUAAGCUAUUAUAAUGUGAACAGGUUUUGAAUAUUAGUCGUCUUGUUUAAUGGUGUACACAAUUCAAUCAUCCUAAAGGUGUAGUCUUUUCUUUAAAAAAAUUUGUUACAUCAGAAUUUUGUAUACCAUGUCACUAGUACAAGUUAUAUGUAUAUUCGACUUUGAACUACACUGUAGUUGUUUGAUGAUGAUGGCUAACAAUAUACGGUUGCCGAGGCUAAAGUAAUUACGGUAUGAUGUUAAAACCAACUGCUUACUCAUUGAAAGCCCAUUUUUGCCUUAUAUAAAUAGCAUUCACAUAUAUACCGGGUUUUUUGAUAUUGUCUCUUUUCAGUAAAAUUUCUACACAAACUUAUCGUGUAAACAGAUUAUGUCGUAUACAACUGAGAACGAUUCAUCUGAUCAUCCGCAUCCAUGUGAUGAGCAUAUAUCACCUGGCGAUGAGGAUGAUGGUGGCGAUUCUAGUCUUACUUUACCUGCUGAAGCACAGUAUGAUCCAACUUUGACUGGAGCAGAAUAUUACCAAACAGGUGGUUAUUGGCAUGCUGGAACACAGAUGAUGGAUUGUUUAUUUCAAACUGAUCGGAUUGCAGAUGUGGCUUUUGAUCCUUUAGAAGAAUUAAUCUGGUGUGUGACACGUACAGGUCAAAUGAGUGCAUUCUAUUCAACUACCAUGGAACGUUAUAUAACGCUUACUGUACCGUUGAUUUCGGAUGUGAAUUCACUUGAAACUGUCACACCAUAUAAUGGAUUGAAGCAAGUCUUUCCUUCACCUCGUCCAAUGGAACAUUCUGUUUUUGUUUUGGCUAAUAAUGCUUUACAUGCUUAUACAAAAAUGGGCAGACCAUUAGCUUCUGUUGUACAUAAAUUCAUGCUAGAGUUAGAAUGUUUAGCUGUAACUGGUCCUACUGGUACCUUGAUGAGUGGGUCCGGUAUUAGAGGAGCUGGUAAUGGUUUGGGGAACUUUGCACGAUUUUUCUUGGGUGGUCUUCAACCAACCCUACUAGAAGUAGAUGCUGUAGAACGUUGGGGUGAAGUAAUCAAUACAAUAGAUGUUGGAAUCGGUGGAUCUGUAGUGCUUCGACCAUUCAGUGGUGGUUUAUGCGCUGGAAAUACAAAUGGAAAAGUUAUGAUAAUCGAUUCACGUACCAGUCAUGGUAUUGUACGUGAAUUAGACGCGCAUACUGGUGAAAUCUCUGAUAUGACAGUUGAUGCGAAUAGUCAUACAUUAGUCACUUGUGGAUGGUCACGUGUCGGUGAUUCUGGAUUACGUGUGGACCGCUUGUUGAGAGUAUAUGAUCUUCGAUCGGGUCGUGCUCAAGUCCCACUCUCUACAUCACUAGAUCCAUGUUUUGUUCGAUUUAUACCUGGUUGCAGUGAUAGUUUAUUGGCUACUUCACAAACUGGUGCUUUUCAAACUAUACAAUGGGGUAAAAUUGCAUUUUCUCCCAAUGAUUUAGGUCAGUUAUGGUUAGGUUACGAUCGACUAGUUGCCACAGAUCUAUCACAAAAUGGGAAUUGUGUCGUUUUCGCCACUGAAGCUGGACAACUACACUUAUAUAUUCAUGAUAUAAAUUUGUGCCAAUUUAAUACAUCACCUUUACCUACCGAAUUCGCUUCUCCAUUCCCGGAAAGUUUAUGGCCUACAAAUACACUACAAACUACAAUCCCAGUAAAUUAUUCAUUAAUGAUUUUCGAUGAUCCUACUAGUACACUGUAUGGAAGCAAUUUAGCUGGAAUUGGUAAAACAGCUGCUGAAUCAGUUGGCUUACAAAUGUUAGCUGCUUCUAUACAUCAACCGCCAGAAAGUUUAUCCAGUCCAGAUUUUCUAAAUCUUGUUGAACGUCGUAAAGCCGAAGCAGCACGUGAAGCGGUUCUUACUGCUUAUAAACCAAUUGAAUAUGAUGAUUAUCGUUUCUCAUUAGCCAGUGUUCCUUUUGCCGCUUAUCCACCACCAAUAUUCGAUUCAACCAAUAAUCCAAUUGAAGAUGAAUCAAGUUGUAUAUGGAAAGCUAAACUGGACACAAUGUGUACAUCGGAUUGGCCAGAAGAUUUGAAUAAAUCACAGCACAAAGUAAUGAAUGAAGUUGAUCCUGAUCUUUUAAAUAAUGCCAAUAGAAAACGAGCUGUACGUAAACCACCUCAUUGGGGAACUGUAUGGCAUCCAUAUUCCACGGAUGAAGUAACAAUGAACUCAUAUACUACUCAUAAUAAUAUUGAUGAUAAUAGCUUGGAAACUGGAUGUUCUAGUCCAUUGCAAUUAGGUCGUUUCGAACAUGUUGCAAUGAAAGCAACAACAACAACAAUCAACGCUACUAUCCCCACUACCACCAUCCCGGCAAUUACAUCAUCCACAUCGACGUCGGUCACUAAUAACAAAUUGCCUACAUUAGCAUAAUCAUAUUAUCGUCAUUAAUAAAAUGCAUUUCAGUUGUUUAUUUCUGUUAUUGUCAUCGUCACUUGACUUUUUUUUUCUUCUAUGUUAACAAAUAUUGCAUUGAGAAGUUAUUUACACCACUACAUUUCUAUUGAUGCUUUGCUUCACCUUUGAGAUAUAUAUGUGUCAGUAACAACAUAACGUACACUGUCUAUUGACAUCAAAUCAUCAUGUACAAUCAAUUUUAGUUUAAAAAUUAUGUACAAAUAUUUAGAUUGUUUUUUCCCUUCUACAUUGUAUGGUAGUAUGGUUUUUCUUAUUUCUCUGUAUUGAUUAUACUUAGUUAACAAUCGAGUUCUAUUUCCUUUUGUUGCCUCGGUUAUUAUUUUUCUUUGCAUUAUAUAUAUUAAAUAGAUAGGUUUUCUUUUUUUUUUUAGUUAAAACAAGCAUAACUGUAGGGGGUUACUGUUUUUUAAAAAAAGUUUUUUUAAAAAAAACCCACUGUUCUCCCCCCCCCUCAUAUUUUAACUGUUAUUUUUACGAACUGUUAAUAAAUGAAUCAAUGAAAACAUG